UGCUCCGGGGCGGGCGGCGGCGGGACAAAAGCGGGGCGCGGGGGAAGUGCCGCCAGCGGGGCCGGGCCGAGCCGAGCGGAGCCGUUCCGUUCCGUGCCGGGCUUUGCCGUGCGGCGCGGUGCGGUGCAGCGCGGUGCAGCGCGGCGGGGCCCCGCCGACAUGGACCGAGCGGGGCCGCGCAGGGCGAUGCGGCGGUGAGGGCGGCGGGGCCGGGCGCUGCCGCGAUGCUCCGCCGCAGCCUCAGCCGCCUGUGUGCUGGGGAAGAGAAGCGGGUCGGUACACGCACCGUGGUGGUCGGGCACCGGCCGGUUUCGGAAACAGAUGCAUAUGUGGCACAGAAGUUCUGCGACAACAGGAUCGUCUCCUCCAAGUACACCCUCUGGAACUUCCUCCCGAAGAACCUUUUCGAGCAGUUUAGAAGAAUUGCCAACUUCUACUUCCUCAUCAUCUUCCUCGUGCAGGUGAUAGUGGACACCCCGACCAGCCCGGUGACAAGCGGCCUCCCUCUCUUCUUUGUCAUCACUGUCACAGCUAUCAAACAGGGAUACGAGGACUGGCUGAGGCACAGAGCUGACAACGAAGUGAACAAAAGCAAUGUCUUCAUUGUGGAAAAUGCAAAGCAAGUGCAGAAGGAGAGUGAAAAAAUCAAGGUUGGAGACAUCGUAGAAGUGAAAGCGGAUGAGACCUUCCCCUGUGACUUAAUAUUCCUGGCCUCGAGCAGCCCUGACGGGACGUGUUAUGUCACUACAGCCAGUCUUGAUGGCGAGUCCAAUUUCAAGACUCACUAUGCAGUGCGGGAUACCACUGUGCUCUGCACGGAUGAAGCCAUCGACACCCUCACCGCUACAAUUGAGUGUGAACAGCCACAGCCUGACCUCUACAAAUUCGUUGGAAGAAUUAUCAUCUACAGAAGUAACCAGGAGCCUGUAGCCAGGUCUUUGGGUCCUGAAAACCUGUUGCUGAAAGGUGCUACCCUCAAAAAUACCCAGAAGAUUUAUGGAGUUGCAGUCUAUACUGGAAUGGAAACGAAAAUGGCUUUGAACUACCAAGGGAAGUCUCAGAAACGAUCUGCUGUAGAAAAAUCUAUCAACGGUUUCUUGAUAGUGUAUUUGUGCAUCCUAUUGAGCAAGGCCACUGUGUGCACCACCCUGAAGUAUGUCUGGCAGAGUAAUCCGUUUAAUGAUGAGCCUUGGUACAAUGAAAAGACUAAAAAAGAGAAGGAGACCUUCAAGGUCUUGCGGAUGUUCACAGACUUCUUGUCAUUCAUGGUCCUCUUCAAUUUUAUUAUCCCAGUCUCCAUGUACGUUACGGUAGAGAUGCAGAAGUUCUUGGGCUCCUUCUUCAUCUCUUGGGACAAGGAGAUGUAUGAUGAAGAAAUAAAAGAGGGGGCCUUGGUGAACACCUCGGACCUGAACGAAGAGCUCGGGCAGGUGGAGUAUGUCUUCACGGACAAAACCGGGACCCUGACGGAGAACAGCAUGGAGUUCAUUGAGUGCUGCAUCGAUGGGCACAAGUACAAGGACUGCAUUUCGGAGGUGGAUGGCUUCUCUCAGACUGAUGGACCCCUAAAAUACUAUGGCAAAGCAGAAAAGAGCCGUGAGGAGCUGUUCCUGCGGGCCCUCUGCCUGUGCCACACUGUCCAGAUCAAGGAAGCAGACCAAGUGGAUGGGCUGAUGGGGCAUCCAGAACGCAAAUACACCUACAUCUCCUCUUCCCCGGACGAGAUUGCUUUGGUGAAAGGCGCAGAAAAGUAUGGUUUCACUUUUCUAGGACUCGAAAACGAUUUCAUGAAAAUCCGAAACCAAAAGAAUGAAACCGAAAUGUACCAACUUCUGCAUGUGUUGAACUUCGAUCCUGUCCGUCGCCGUAUGAGUGUCAUUGUGAGAACCACCACAGGGAAGUUGUUUCUCUUCUGUAAAGGAGCAGACUCCUCUAUUUUUCCAAGGGUGCAGCAAGAAGAAAUCCAACAAACAAAAGUCCACGUGGACCGCAAUGCUAUGGAUGGCUACAGAACGCUGUGCGUGGCCUUCAAAGAACUCACUCAAAAGGAGUAUGACAAAAUAGACAAACAACUGAAUGAAGCCAAGAUGGCUCUGCAGGACAGGGAGGAAAAGAUGGCAAAGGUUUUUGAAGACACAGAAGCAGACAUGCACUUGAUUGGGGCUACAGCUGUAGAAGACAGGCUGCAGGAGCAGUUGGCAGAGACGAUCGAAGCUCUGCACGCGGCUGGCAUGAAGGUUUGGGUGCUGACAGGAGACAAGAUGGAAACUGCCAAGUCCACGUGCUACGCCUGCAGGCUCUUCCAGACCAGCACCGAGCUGCUGGAGCUGACGGCGAGGACGGUGGGCGAGAGCGAGAGGAAGGAGGAUCGGCUCCAUGAGCUGCUGAUAGAGUACCAUAAGAAGCUGAUUCAGGAUGUUCCCAAAAGCCGGGGGGGCCUGAAGAGAAGCUGGACGUUGACUCAAGAAUAUGGCCUGAUUAUAGAUGGCGCGACACUGUCGCUGAUACUGAACCCUUCUCAGGACUCUGGUUCUAGUAAUUACAAGAACAUCUUUCUACAGAUCUGCUUGAAAUGUGCUGCAGUCCUCUGCUGCCGGAUGGCUCCCUUGCAGAAAGCACAGAUCGUGCGAAUGGUGAAGAACACAAAAGGGAGCCCGAUAACGCUCUCCGUAGGGGAUGGUGCAAAUGAUGUCAGUAUGAUUCUGGAAGCGCAUGUUGGAAUAGGUAUAAAAGGCAAAGAAGGACGUCAGGCUUCCAGAAACAGCGACUACGCUGUGCCAAAGUUUAAACAUUUAAGAAAAUUGCUACUAGCACAUGGGCAUUUAUACUAUGUGAGAAUAGCACACCUUGUACAGUAUUUCUUCUAUAAGAACCUUUGCUUCAUUUUACCGCAGUUUUUAUACCAGUUCUUCUGUGGAUUCUCACAGCAGCCAUUGUACGAUGCUGCUUAUCUUACCAUGUACAACAUCUGCUUCACAUCACUACCCAUCCUGGCUUACAGCCUCCUGGAGCAGCAUAUCAACAUCGACACGCUGACCUCAGAUCCUCAGCUCUAUAUGAAGGUUUCAGAUAAUGCCAUGCUGCAGUGGAGGCCGUUCCUGUACUGGACCUUUCUGGGCGCCUUUGAAGGACUCGUGUUUUUCUUUGGGGUUUAUUUUCUUUUUCAAAACUCGUCGUUGGAAGAUAAUGGAAAGGUUUUUGGGAAUUGGACCUUUGGGACGAUUGUUUUCACCGUGCUGGUGUUCACCGUCACGCUGAAGCUAGCACUCGAUACCCGAUUCUGGACGUGGAUGAACCACUUUGUGAUUUGGGGCUCCCUUGCCUUCUAUGUGUUUUUCUCAUUCUUCUGGGGAGGAGUCAUUUGGCCUUUCUUGAAGCAGCAAAGAAUGUAUUUUGUAUUUACCCAUAUGCUGACUUCAGUUUCCACGUGGCUGGCAAUAAUUCUCCUGAUCUUUAUCAGCCUUUUCCCAGAGAUUCUUCUAAUAGUUUUAAAAAGUAUAAAAGAGAAAAACCAUCAGGUAACGAAGCGCCUUCCUUCCUCAGGAACAUCCACUAUCUUCAUGCUUUCUCAAACUUCCAGCAAUCACAGCUUUUCUUGGAGUGAAUAAGACUGACCCCUUUGAUCUGCCUAUGUUAGUCUCGUACAAACGUAUAGAGAAUGGUUACGUGAAGAACGAAGAUGCUGUUACUAAUUUGGCAGAAAGAUAUCCUCUCAGGAUACUUUGAAGUGUUUCAUGCAAACACUGCAUCUUGUCACGCUGUAGGAAAAACCAUGGUUUUAACCUAACAGUUCUCUUCAGUCUCACCAAGAACAAAAUAAGCAGCCAUGCUGAUAAAGCAGUAGCCAGGGCACUGGCCCCACGGUACCCGUUUGGUCUUGUGGCAUCCCCACACCCCCCAAAAUUAAACCUGCCAGAUUCUACAUCAUUGGAGGCUGAGAAAGCAUCUUUAGGAAUUCAUCCAAAACAGCAUGAAUUGAAGUGCAAGAGAGCAACGCCAGCCCCAUUUCAUACAGGGGCUUCCUCUACCCGCUACAGAUCUGAGAGCAGCAAAGAGCUGCUGAAGUCUCUUGCUCUGCCUGACCAAAGAAGUAGCACAGACUUAAACCCCAUAACAGCCCCUUGGGCUCCCCAAAGGCACUGGGAAGAGCCUGCUCCUCUGGAUGCAGCCCUGCGAGCAUCCCGCCUGGUGCCGGGGCUGCCCCCUCCCAGCGGUGGGAUGCCCAGAUGCACGUGGCAGAAAUACUUGAAAAUCCAGGAGGAAUCUUCACCGACAGUGCAUAGCGUUCAGUCACAUAUAUCCCUCCUUUGGGAAUGGCUGGAAGCAGCCUGUGGUCUAUCCAUAGCCAUGAUGUCCGUGCGGAGACCCGCGGCGCUGAGAAGCGCCUGAGCAUCCUCCCGCGGGCUGUUUGCUGGUGGGUUUAUUCCUGAUGGAGGGUGAAGAAAAGAUCCUUUUCCCUCGUGUUGUGGCUGUUUGUGAUGGAAGGAAGCUGUCGUGGAUCUUGGAAGUUGGGCUGUGCUGAGCCGUUUUGCCUGGGUUCAUGUGGUUGUGCUUGCAUUACUGCACCGUGCAGUUGCUUCAACACUUUAAAGGCCUGAGUGACAGUGCAGCCCUUGGAUGAUCCCGGGGGCACGGGCUGUGCCUGUAAACCUGCAGGCUUAUCAAACUGCAUCUAGAGUUAUUUGCACUAAGGAAAAAAGCCGGUUUGAAAAUUAAAGGAAUGCAGGAACUUCAGUUUCAUUUUACACUUUAUUUGGGUUUUAAAUUGGCAUGUUCUUUUUAAUGCUACCUGUACCAUGGUCGCAGGAACUUUCCUCUUUAGGCUGAGGUGAGAUGCCUGACUUGAUGUUUAGUUUCAUUUUUUUUUCUCUGAUACGUGGAAAAAGCAGCUUUUUUUUUUGUUGUGUGAAGUCAUAAGCAGUGAUGGAGCACCCUGUGUGCACCACUGUUCGGUGUGAAGGUCCCUCCUCAUGCUGCUUUCCCCUGGCCCUGGUGCGCUGCAGAGGAACCGCUGUGGGAAGUGUUGGAGUCUCAUUCCAGAGGGGCUGUGUUUGGCUCCUGCUCGCUCAGGCUUUGUGUCGCUUACAUGCAGAGAAACAACCAUUUGGGACUAGAUGGAACAUGCCAUUCAUCAGAUUUCAUUGGAUCAUGGACUAGUUUUGGGAUAAUCGAGUCUUGCUCUCCGGCUGCCAUCCCUGAGCUCUGUCUCUGUCUCCAGUGGAAGCAGGAUGUGGAUCAGCUCAGGCAGGUUGUGGUGUGCAUCAUGAGGACUUUGCAAUGGGCCUUACCUGAGUGGGAAAGGGAUGUGCACAGCCCCUAUGGCCAGUGGCUGCUCUUCUGUCACCCAGCAUGGGAGGGGAUGUACGGACAGGACCACUGUAUUAUACACACUGCACUGGCCUCGAUGCAGGCGGUGUUCGUUAGCAACCGCGGCUCAACUCCUUGCUGCAUGCAAGUAAGGAGCUGCACUUCCAGCAUGUGUCCCACGGGCAAAGCUUUUAUUUUUUCCUUCUUCUUUUUUCCUUUUCCUAGCUCAUUUCAUGGACCUAGACUUCAACUUGCAGACCUUGUCCCAUUCUCGACUUUUCUUGCUAAAAUGUGGUGCCUACAGAUGAAGCAUACGAUGACUACAAUGAAGAUAAGCUCUAUAUGCCAAAUCUAACCUUUCUCCUUAAAUAUACAGUUGCUGACUUGUGUUUACAUAACCUUUAAAAUGCGGGCGCUCAAAUGCCUGAUUCCUGUGAUUCAAAACCAUUCCAAGCCCGGAUGGUCCCAAGCCUGCCACCUUGCUUCUCGGUUUGUUUUGUGUCGUGCUCUACUCCUAGAGUCAAAGUCUGUUCCUGUAGAGGUUUUGCUGGUUACGUUAGUGGGAACAGAGCAAAGCUUGCCAUGUAUGUGUGAACUGUCUGAAUAAAGCCACUGAAACGGGCUCAUUUCUGUAGCCUGUUUCGAAAUGGAGCCUUCUGAGAACCAAAUCUUUCUCUUCCUGUUUCCAAGUGUCCUGUCUCAGGAUGGAACGAGCCAUUGCAAUAGCUGUAUGUUUAAACCCAAGGGAGGUGUGCUGAUAGGUGGGUUGGAAUUAAUGGGAGAUGUCUUUCUAGGGGGAAAACGCUGGUUUUCUUGGGCUUGGAUCUUCAGCUAGUGCACUUGUGUGGUGUCCGGCAGAAGCAGCUGAUCCUCAUCAUUCAGCAACAGCAGAAGUGAAAUUGCUGUUGCUGUGGAUGACUUGUGAGAUCAGGGCAAACAGGAGACCCCUUCUGGGGUUGGGAAGGGAGGAAAAAGUGGUGAUAGGAACUGUAGGGUGUAAGCCAGCGGGAUGCUGGCGUGGCAGUAACCCGACAGUGUGAUGCUGUGAUUGUUCAUGUCCCGUACACACGCUGCACUGUUACAGUGCUCAUUAGUGAGCUAAAAGGUCAGUACAGGCUUAUCGGUGGGAAAACUUGAAGGAAAAAAGGCUGGGGUUUCUUCAUCAGAACUUAUUGAAGCUUAAUCCCUGGCUAAUGACACUGCAAGAUAAGAAAAGUAAUUAAGAUUCCCUCUAAAAGUGUUCUGUGAUAACGGGGGAACUUGGUGUAGUCAUAGCUACUUCUCAAAAACUAACCCUGAUCCUUCUGAGGGUGUUAUGAAAUGACUUGGAAUUGCAGAAAAGCUUCAAAUUGAAUUUGCAUACACACAGGUUGAAAACUUACCUAAUACUGCACCAUUUAGCCAAUUGCCCAGCUCUGGGGUUUUUAAAAACCAUGUAGUAUAUAGAAGGUGUAAAUUCUAUACAGGCAACAAGAAGAUACAUUUUCAGCUUCUUGCAAAAAAGGAAUAUAUAUAUAUAUAUAAAAGAGGACUGCAACCUUACAUUUUUUCACUUAAAUGCAAUUUUAUACAUUUAUGUUGCUUUAUAUGAAAAGGAAAUUGAAUGUGAAUGUUACCUUUUAUGAAUGCAACUGCUCUUUUUUCAUUACAGAGCCUUUUGUUUGAAGUAAUCAAUAAACUUUGGUAUGUUGUUCUGAUUAA